AUGGGCCUGAGGAAUCAUGGUAUCUCCCCUCACCCUCUCAGUAUCUCCUCACCUCUCGUGUCUCCUCACCCCUGUCUCCCUCCUCUCGUAUCUCCCUCACCCCUCUCAGUACACUCCUCCAGUAUGUCUCCUCACCCUCUCAGUAUCUCCCCUCUCCUCAGUAUCUCCCCUCACUCCUCCAGUAUCUCCCCUCAC